UUUAGCGUGCAAAUUCAAUCAAGUUGAGCUUCUAGUUUCAAGUUUUCUGGACACAUCUUCACGAAGUGGGGAGUUUACACAUUUUAGACUAAAUAUCACAAAAGUGUAUAGGCCUACCAAAGUGUGACAAAAUGCUUCUUAGAUAGUGUAUGUGUACUUCUUACUCCAGAAACAUUUCAAAUCAAAGGCGUUAUUUACUUCAGUAUCGGUGUCUGUAAUUGUGAAAUAAAAAGUCCGAGACUGAGGUUUUUCACACAGUGCAGUUGAGAUUGUCGGCCGUCUACUUUGAACAAACUACCCGCCAGUGGUGGGCAAACAGGAAUCGCCAAGUUCGUUAACAACAAACCCCGCCUCAAGAUGAUGCAAAGCAUUAAAUGUGUUGUUGUUGGUGAUGGGGCUGUUGGUAAGACAUGUCUUCUCAUCAGCUAUACAACCAAUGCUUUCCCUGGAGAAUACAUCCCAACAGUUUUUGAUAACUACUCGGCCAACGUGAUGGUCGACGGGAAACCAGUGAACUUAGGAUUAUGGGAUACAGCGGGACAAGAAGACUACGAUCGACUCAGGCCGCUUUCAUAUCCACAGACAGAUAUAUUUCUCAUCUGCUUCUCAGUAGUCAGUCCAGUUUCUUUUGAAAAUGUCCGAGCAAAGUGGGCUCCAGAGGUCAGGCAUCACUGUCCCCAAGCUCCAAUUAUCCUGGUAGGAACAAAACUUGAUCUUCGAGAUAACCAAGAAACCAUCGACAAAUUGAGGGAACGCAAUCUGUCACCGAUUAAGUUUAAUGAGGGCAUCCAGAUGAAUAAAGAAAUAGGAGGAGUCAAAUAUCUAGAAUGCUCCGCCCUGACACAGAAAGGUCUUAAGACGGUAUUUGAAGAAGCAAUCCGAGUCGUGCUUUAUCCUCCUAAGGUCCCCAAGAAAAGAAAACCUCACUGCAGGUUACUAUGAGGAGUGGCAUUGAUGUAGAAUAGUAUGUAACCUAGCAUGCAAGCAGAUUAUAUGUAGUGUGGUUUCUGGAUUGUAUUUACUGGACUCUUGAGGGCGCUGUUUGACUCUGAUAACUGAUUUCUUGAGGGCGCUGUUUGACUUUGAUCAUAAAAAUAGAAGCAUGGAGAAGGUUAAGUGUGCCUUUAAGCGGAGUAGGCUAAAGAUGUUUCAUUCAUGUGUCAUGUGGCUUCCAUAAUAAUUGUCCAUUUGCCGACUAAGAGGGCGUUUACAUUAGAUGCAGAUGACAAUCAAGCGCACCAUUCUCCUAGUUCUAUUUCUAUGAUGAAAAUAUGUGAAUUAAAAAAUACCAUACCUCAGGGGCUUAUUUCAUUAUGCUGCCAAGCAAGUUUGUUAAGCAUUAAGCAAGUUUUGCUUAGCCAAAACAAAUUACCAGCCAGGUCUCCCUGGUAUGUAUAUUAUUUGUUUUUUGCUUAUCAGGUAAUUAUGUUUGGCAAGCCGCAAUAUGUUCAGCCUAGCAGCUCUAUGAAGCCUUUACUCAAAUAUCAAAUUCAGAUUCAACUUCAACUCUGUCCAGUAUUGGGAGAUUAAGGUUUGUGUUGUCUACUUUGUCAGUUUUGUACAUUGUUUGUCUUGGGAAUCUGCUUUAUGAUGGAGUGUUGUGACAUUGCAGCUCUCCACAUCUAAUCCCCUGUGCAUUUACAUGUUUUAAACAUUGAUACAUGUAUGAGGAGCCUGACUACUGUUGCCUCAAACCUUAAGGUACAUGAAUUUGUAUGGAAGAUACAUGACUUUUGGCGGAACAAAGACAGAUUGACUAAAGCAUGCCUUAAACCUGCAACCUGGGGAUUAACAUGCUGACACUCUACUAACUGAGCUACCUAGCCCUAAUGUUGGCAGUCAACCUAUUUUGUCAAUAUCAUUGUUUUAUGACUUGAAGAUGGGUGACUGUACAAGGUGCAGAUCUUUAUUCUUCAUACUCUAAGAAAGAGGAAUCUCGAUUUGACAUCCCAUGACUAAAUAAUUUUUGACAAAACUCUCCUCCUGCCAGAAGCACAUUCCAUGUUUGAGAGGGCGUCAACAAAACAGAGAAUGAAUAUUUUCUUUCUUGGGGCAAUACUCCAUCUCUUUCAAUCCGUUCAUUUCAAUUGCUCCAUUUUGUUUUCAUAUUUUGAAAUAACAUCCGACUGUUUUCCCUCUAGUGGGAGUACCCCCUGGGUCAUUUGCAUCUUGAUGGGUAUUAGAUUUCAUUUUUAUUCAAAUGAAUCUUAAGAAUUGCUGAAAGGCAUUCAGUAGUCGUUCCCUGAGCUGUUUUUGAACUAUUUGUUUUUCAUAUUCAUUCACGGGGGAAAUAGUCUUAAUGAACGACUCAGACGUUGUUGGCUUCUUAGUGGUAAGGAUUUGGUUUCACAUGGAUUGGUGCUGCCCCAGGAUCUGGAAUUCAUGUACUCUGGAGGAUUAUUAUUUGCAGCCAUUAUUGAGUUCACAAAUUUUCUGAGCACAAACAGGUUUUGGGCCAAAUUUCAUGGCUCUGCUUACCGCUGAAUUCUACGCUUGCAAUCACCAUUCUUCGCUUACAGGGCAAGCACAAAAUUUCUGUGCUAGCUUUGUAAGUGAAGAAUGCCUAGCAUUAUGGAGUACCCAUGCUCUUAAGCAGAAACUCCCUGCUAACCUGUGAAAUACACUUGACGUUAGCAAGGAAUUCCCUGCUUCUUUAAGCGUCGAUUUUUUGCUUUAAAAUGAAAUUGUGCCUCGGACACCAACCAACAACAUUGUGAUUGUGAUUUGUGAUUGUGAUUGCAUGUGACUGGUACUCACUCAGCAGAUUGGCUAAAGAUUAGCGUCUUUAUGAAUUCAGGCCCUUUGUACAGGAAAGUCUAGCCAUACAAAUGAAUGUACAUGUAGUCAUACUGAGGCUGGGAAGUAAUUAGUCUGUCACCCCACAAUAUUUGCAUGUUUUGAGCAAUCAUAUAGGUCAGGGAUUUAGACCAAACUGGAAGCAAUGACUUAAUAGGUGACUUCAUUGGCAGAGUGAAAUACUCCAUGGUUUUCUUUAAGUAUUCUUGUAUUCAUUUAAGAUCAUCAUCAAGUGAUUAAUGUAACGAAGUAAAAACAAUAAAUCAAACACCAAAAAGGUUAAAGCCGGGAAUUCCAUGCUAGGUUUUUUUCUCAUUCCAGUUUCAUAAAUGGCAUGGACGUAAAAUCAAAACAGUGUAAAAUUAAAGGAAAUUUACCACUAUGUGGUCAUUCAGUCAUACAACAUACAAGCACAAGGGAAUGUAAUUCAUCUAUUACUAAUAAAUUAUAAGAGCGAUCAAUUUAUUUAACUAAAUGUCGCCACACACCUGUAAACAUUAUUGUGUGUGUGGUGCAACCCUCGCAUUUAUUUAUUAACAUCAUUUUUUUUAUAAUCUCUCAAUAAUCUAUAACCUAAAGGUAUGGCAUCAUCCUGCAAUGUGUGUGAUACAUGUUUUUAAUAACAUUUAUGUUAAGUAGUAGGAGUGAAAAACAUAUAAUUGAAAUGGCUUAUUGAUAAAAACAUCAUCGCAGCCAAAGGCCGAAUUAAGAAAAUUUUUACAAAUAAGAAUGUAACAAAUUUAUGUAGGUGUUUGCCCCUUGUGGCACAAGAGGGCGCUGUUCAAGUUGUACAGUUAAACUUUCCUAGACAUGUACCGGUACACGUAAUAGGAUUGCAUCAUUAGGGGCUGUUGUACAGUUAAACCAAUGUCUGUGUACAUGUCUGGAGGGAGUGUGUUGAUUGAACCUAAUUCCUUCCAUGCAAUUAUGUGCAGUUGUGGUUUAAGAACCUUGAGUUGGGAUGAAGCGUAAUUUGGUUUUUCAUCACUGCCUACUUUAGAAAAAAAAUUGUCCAUGCAUACACAUACACCCCCAAUUGGGAUCAUAACUUACUGGAAACCUUUUUCCGAUCAGGCUAUAGAUGUCUCUAACGAGGUAAAAUUACUAAAGUACAUCAUUUGGGAUGAUAAAGUUCCCAUUUGGGAUGUUAAUGUUCCCAUUUGGGAUGAUAAUGUUCCCAUUUGGGAUGUUAAUGUUUCUAAUUGGGGAACCCUUUGGUGACAUAAUAAUCACAGUCUGCUCUUCAUGUGGACAUUAGUACAAGAGUCCACAAUAUUAAGUGUGAUAAAUUUGUACUGAGAUAUAAACCCUCUUCUUGCAAUUAUUUGUAUUAAUUAGAUAUAUUUUUCAAAUUAGAAUAAUGAAAAAGUUUCUUUAUGACAGUGGGACAAUGUUGUUAGAUCAUUCUCUAAGGUCCAGAGGUGCUGUUGUGUCACAACUUAAACCGUUCUUCCAAUAAAUAAUAACAAUUUUAGAGUAUAAAUGAAAAGACAAAAGCUUAAACCAUUCUAAAUCCUUACCAAUCUAACUGCUUGCUUGAAUCCUGUAAUGCAGAGUCAAACUAGAAAGCUCCGGCAAGACGCAAGACACUGUCCACAAGUUCUGGUUUGGAUUCAACAAAAGUCAAGUAUUACAAUGACGUUUAUGGAGUUAGGGUUAUAAGUCUAUGAAAAAAGGGAUAGAAGGAAAAUAGUCGGAACUACUUAAAUAUAAAUACUUUUAAGUAAAUGUUUAAAAACAUUAGUUGUGUUUAGCAGGGGUGCAUUUUGGCGGCGUAACCAAAAACUGUUUCGGUUGUUGGUCGUUGGUUCUGCUGUUCAGACUGAUUGAUAACCGAAUUGUGAGCUCGGUUACCGUUUUGGUUAUGACAUCAGAAACAAUUAUUGGUUACAGCCUCCAAAACGCACCCCAGGAAUGAGGUCAAAAUCCAAAGUUUUUACUCUCUUUUUUUGUUUGUUCCAACAUUCAUUAGCGUCAGUUGUUGAGAGGGUUUGUUGUAAACACACACCAUGUACCAAAGUCACUGUAUAUUUGGUGAAAUACACUGAAUUUGAUGAACUGCCUGUAAAUAUUACUGGGGGGGGGGGGCUUUUGAGGUUCUUUGAAGAGUCAACAAAGAUGUACAGCAAUCAACACUCCGGGUGUUUUAGUUCAUUUCUACAGAUGCCUCUUCUCAAAAGCAACCCAGCAAAGAUUAUUAUCAUAUUGUAUUCUUGUAUCAUGUAUAUGAUUGUAUGAUUACCUUCAUUUGAACCAAGCAGGUUACAUAGAAGUUCCCUAAAGCAAACAGAUGCCCAUGUUUUGUAAUUUGAAUCCUGCAAACAUUUUCAGAGGCUAUGAACUUAUUUCUCCUGGUGUUGGCCUUGGUGCCGCUUAACAACGAUCACAGACUUUGUUAUUUUUAGAAAUGGAAGUGCCCUUUUUCUAGGGACGCUGUCUUUGACCAAGUAAGAAUGAAAUUCCUUGUUUGGAAGUGAAUAAGCUGUGAAACAUUUGACAUAACCAGGAUUACGAUGGCCCUGAUAAAACACCAAGGUCUGAUGUUGUGUUCUUAGAAAAUAACAAACUGACGACAUGUUUAUUCAAUCGGUGGAUGUUGAUAUCAGAUAAUUGUUGCAUGAACAAGGAGUGAGGUUUGGGUUGUAUUUUGUCUCUCAAACCAGGAAGGAAAUUGUACAUAAUUAUACAUAAAUAAGUCUGAAUGAACAAAAUGUUGUAAUAUAAUGGUAGGUUUUCAUGUAGGGUGUUGCUGUGUGGAACCAAGUUUUAAAAAAAAUGGGUUUCCAAUGGAUUUUCAAAAUUAUUAACAGGCGAAAUGUAACUUAGCAGAUCAUUGCAAUUUAAUUAUUUUGAAAGACAUUGUUUUGGUCACAAGUAUAUAUUCCUAAAUAUAAUUGUUGUCCCUUAAAUUGACUCUAUAUAAUUAAUGGAUCAAGCAUUUGGUGUCUCAACUGCUUGACAUUGUUUGCAUUUGUUUUGUAAGUACAAGAAUUUUUUGCUCUUAGUGAUUGAUUGAUUUAUUUGUUUGUUUUAUUUGUUCAUCAAAUUUUAGUAGUUGUCAGAAAAAUCAUUUGUCUUUUUCUUUUGCUUUUUUUUGUCACUUGUGCAAAGAUACUUUUACAAAGUUUAGGGCAAAAAAUGGCUAGCACCAGUUUAAAAGAACGUUUUGACAUUAUAAUAUAAAUAUUUCAACAUACAAUAACCAUGUAAAUAUCUGCAAAUAGCAUGUACCCAAACACCUUGUAGUUGCUUUCUUCUAUUGCUUGGGAGGUGACAUUAAAAUUGUGACUUCUACAAAAUUGAAAAUAAUUAUUACAUGUAUCUACGCAACUGUUUCACAUUUUAAGGGAUUGGAAUAAUUUUAGAUCUUCUCCAACACAUUUUCAUUGAAUUGGAAUAAUUUAAAUAAACUUUCAAAUGAACUUUCAUCAUGGUGCCGCCAUGUUGGUUUUAUUCCAUGAAAUCAUGAUCACCAUUCUGAGGCUGAAAGGGACUACUAGUGUGGCCCACAACAAUCAGUAUUAACAAUUGCUGAUGAUAUUAUAGGUAUAGUCGUAGCCAAGUGGUUAAAAGCACUGGACUCGAGCUCUAGUGUUUCUGAUCAAGGUUCCAGUCCCGGUCACCACAAUUGCUUUGUCUGUCGGAUUGGACAUGAACUAUGGUAGUUCAUGCGUCCAGAACAUUUAUCAUGGAAGAGUAGGAGUUAACCCUGGUGUUUCGGGUUUCGGGAUCACAUACCAAGCUACAGUUAUUAAGUUCACUUUGAGGUUUAAUUACCAGGAAUAUGUAAGAACAAUAAUAGUCCAUUUCACAGCCACAGUUUGUGCUCAAGCUUAAGCUCAAUCAGUAAUUUUUAAAAGAUGCAAAUUUGGUUUUGGAGUUUCAAACAGAUAUAUGAAGCCUGAUCCCCAAUUAGAGAGACAACUAGCCUGACUGCUCUUUAGUAUCAUGGGAGUUACUAUGUAUGUUUGCAGUCAGGAAAGGGGGACAUAACAAACAUGGUGGCAGCAUGCUGUGUACGUCAAUUAAGUUCAAUGUGUACUUGGACCAGACUUUCAAGUUUUGCUUCAACUGUCAGGAUUUUAUUCUUUCAUCUGUUAAGAAAGAGAUGUUAAAACAACUUCAUCUAAUUUUAUUGUUUACUUCCAUGUGUGAUAUCUUCCAAAGUUCAUUCAAUUUUGUAAAUUUAAAAAAUUGCAAAGUUCUGUUUUUGAUCUCUGCAGAAUUGCUGUCUGUUGCUAAAAUAAUCUGCUGUUAAAUAACAUUUGCUUUAACGGAGCUAUUGCCAGAUCCCUCAGAUUUUGUUGCCAGCCCGAAGUUAACAUACUUUGUUUUCUCUUGCUCAUUUAAAAAACUACACAAUCCUCUUUCAUUUGCUCCAAAGAUUGAUUUUUUUAAUCAGUGUCAAUCUUUUUAUGUGAUCAAUGACUUGUGUCAAAAAUAUAUUCUGUAUUGCCUUUUGAGUUUUACUUUGUAAAUUCUCAUUUGAAACUUGUUCAACAAGCUAACUAGUAACUUUUGCAUCCACACAAACUUUAAUUUUUGAAAGGGGCUUGUGUUAUUUUUUCUACACAAAUUCAAGCUCUGUAAUCUAUGAAGAAAUGUAAAUUUAAAAAAAAAACUUGUUUAUAAAUAUUAAUGAGAACUUUAAGUUGAUGUUUUAUGACUGGGUUAGACUGGGAUGAUAAGUCUAGUACCUUGACUUCAUCAACUGUAAAUGUAUUCAUGACAGCAUGUAGAAUGAAUGCCACUGUAUGUACCUAUAUAUAGAAUUACUGUUAAUGUGCAUUUUGGAACUGCAUGUUGUAGGUAUUCAAAUACAAAUAAAGGAAAAUAAUAUUGGGAAUGUG